AUGGCGAUGCCUCUCGAGUCGCUGCUCACAAACCCCAAUCCUGCAGUGCCCCGGUCGCGCUCGAUCCUAUCGUACUUUUCCAGUUCAAUCGGUAAACAUGCGCGGAAUAUGUUCGACCUCACAAUCGAACCGGAAGACCCUUUUCGAGUUUACUCGCCCGGUCAGGCCGUAAAAGGGCAUGUUCUCUUGACUGUCACAAAGGGCUUCGACAUCACUCACCUGGUGAUCGCACUACAUGGUUAUGCAAAAGUUUAUAAACACCAUGUCCCGCCAGGGGAGCGGCAUCCUGCUCCUGAAGGCCUGACAAUAGGAAAAGGGACAAGAGGCUUCCAAUACCAUGGCAAUGGGCUGGCGACGCUCUUCCAGAACGAGCAGAUCUUAUGCGGGAGUGGUUUUCUCAAGAAGCAUGUCUACAAGUUUGCGUUCGAGGUGCCGUUUCCCGCAAAGAGUCUGCCUAGUACGAUAGAUUUUGAGCGAGGAACGAUAUCAUACACACUGACAGCCACAGUCACCCGACCUGUAACCAUCAGCCCAACGGUCAGUCGAAGCACUAGAGUCAAGUUUCGGGACGAGAUCGACAUCGAGCCCUUGGUCACGCCGAAGUCGAGAGUCAUAACACUCGAGCCUAUUUCGAAGCGAGGCAAAGUCAAGGUAGUAAAACCUCCGUCCUCUACCUCGACCCAAAACAUUUCACCAGUCAGCCACCUGACACGGAACAACACGCAAAACAGCACCACCAGUCGAAGUACUAAUUCCGUUGGCAACCCACCUCUGAGUCCUGCACCCAGCGAGGACACUGUCCAGACAAAUACCACAAGCACCAGCACACAGAGUUUCCAAGUGGCUGACGCCGAGCUGCCAUUUCGGAAACAUAGUCCCCAAACCAGUGAUUCACGGAGCAACGUAACCUCUGCCUCGUCUCAAACCAUCACCGCCACCACCGAGCUUCCACGGCAUGGUGCCUUGCCUGGGGAGACGAUUCCCAUUCGUGUCUCGAUCAGUCAUUCGCGCAAUGUGCGAGGAAUGGUCAUUGCAACCUUGUAUCGUCAAGCCCGGGUGGACAUGCAUCCACCGAUUCCUCUGGGAAACAACGAGGGCAAGUCCAAAUCCGAGUAUGAAGAUGUGUAUCCCAAAUCGCGCACAGGUUUGGGCGGAUUAUACUUUGCCAACGCGUCGCCCAACAGUGCCUUUCGAAAGGAUCUGUCCCAGGCCUCGACUGUAAUGGUCGUGAACCCGGCCAACAUGACGGCAGAUCUGUCCAUGUCUCUGAAAAUUCCCGAUUCCGCCUUUCCCACCAUUGCCAAUGUCCCAGGAGGCAUGAUCUCUUUCACAUACCAUAUCGAAGUGGUGGUCGAUUUAUUCGGCAAACUUGGCGAGACUCGGCUUUGGCCACGCCUGACCACCAGUGAUCCAGUUUUCUCCCAGACUGAUGAAGUCGGCAAUCAACUAUCGUCUAAUUGGGCGCAUGGCAUCCUCGACACCACGCCCUUGCGCCGAACCAAAGGAGUUAUCACAUUUGAGAUGUCACUCGUGAUUGGUACGCAUGACAGCGGCAGGCAGAGGAGACAAAACAAAACGGCUGAAGUUGAGGUUCCAGAAGAAAUGUCAGAAUGGUAUGACCAGGGCGGUCAUGAUGCAUAUUACAAUGGUGACUACGACGGACAGUAUUACGAUGAACACGGCCAGCCCUACUAUGACGGACAUGGCUAUGACAACUGUUAUGAACAACAGUAUUUCCCCGAGUACGCAACAGCUGCCCCAGAGAUGAUACCUCCACCUCCGUCACACGAGGAUACGGAUGAGAAGUCACGGCUACGGAGGCAAGAGCAGUUACUGUUACCGAGUGAGCCGCCGUCUAGCGGGGAGUCUUCGGCUACUGCACAGGCAUAUGCCCCGACGGCGCCCGUGAUCUUAGCGGAUGAGUUGCCUCGCACCGGCAACUCUCGACAGGAUGGGAAUAUCACUCCUUCCACCUUCAACACGGCAGAAUCAGUGACAUCGGCGAGAUCUGGGGAAACGAUACGACCGAGCUCGGCCUCUCCACCUCCGGCGCCCCCUCCAAUUGGUACCAUCGAGGUUACCGAUGACAAGCACGAGCUGGAGCGAAGACGAUUGCUCGCCGAAGCAAGCGCGCCGCCGAUAGAGGACAGGGGAGUUGCUUCCAGCAGUUCUGCUGCUGCUGCUGCUCCUCCUCCUCCACUCGGGCCCAGCGCACCUACAAUUGACGAACAAGACGAAUAUAAUGUACAAACGCUGAAUCAUGAUCAUGCUGGGCCGGAUCUACCGCAGUAUGAGCGGUGA